CUCGCUUCCUGUGCGCCCGACCGAAGUGGAGACUGUCUCUCCACUCGCUUGCUGGACUGAGCCCGAGAUGGUAGAGAGCCAGAUGCUUUUUUUUAAUUGGAAAAAAUGCUGGAUGGUUCCUGAAAAAUAGAUAGAAGAUUCCUUCUGAGGAGUAAAAUUUCAUGGAAGCGCUGUCACAGCCAACAGUUGGGAUAAAGAAGCUGUAUUCCUGCCCUGAGUGUGGGAGGAAUUUCAAGCGGAAUUCUCACCUCGUUCGCCAUAAGAGGCUCCACACAGGAGAGAAACCCUAUCAAUGUCCUGACUGUGGGAAAAGCUUCAGACAGAGCACUGAUGUGAAUACACACCGGAGAAUCCACACAGGAGAAACCCCCUAUCGAUGUGACCAGUGUGGGAAAAGCUUUCGGUAUAGGCCAAGUCUCCUGAAACAUUUGAAAUGCCACGAUGAAGAGAAACUCUACAAUUGCCUGGAGUGUGGGAACAGCUUCAGUCCUAGCUUGCUUUCUGAUGUUUGCCAAAAUAGUUGUGUGCAGUGGAAACCAUAUCGAUGCCCUGACUGUGAUGAAAAUGUCCAAGAGAUCUCAAAUCUUGUUGUAAAGUUAAUGGUUCCCAUGGCAAGAGAAUCUUACAUGUGCCCUGACUGUGGAAAAGGCUUCAGCUGCAGCUUCCAACUUAUUAAGCAUAGGAGUCUCCAGAGUAGAUUUUCAAUUCCUGAUCCGAAUAGUCUUUGCAGUCUGGAGCAGGGCCAAGAGUCUUUGCCCUCAGAUCCUCAGGAUGUGGAGAAAAGGGAAAGUCCAGGGAGCACUUGUGAAGCAUGUGAUGACCUUGUGGGAAAGGAGUAUGAAGAAAAGGAUCCGCAGCAGAGAACAGCUUUGCCUGCAAGAUAUUAUGGGACCUUAUUGGGAAGAUUUCACGGACUUGAUAGCCAAAGGCCCAAAGCCUAUAAGGGUAAACCCAAACAUGGAAGGUGGAAGUGGAAGUGUCCUGAGCUGGAUGACGAGGAAUCCACUGAUAAGGGAGCCAACGUACCUGCGUGUGAAAGACUGCUCAGCUCGGAGAGGAAGUAUCUCUGCUUCGUGUGUGGGAAACAGUUCCGUUACGAGUCCCAGCUGGUCUCACAUGAACGGAUUCACACAGGAGAGAAACCCUUUGAGUGCGACAUCUGUAAGAAAAGCUUCCGAGACAAGUCAGACCUGUGUAAACACCAGAAAAUCCACUCUGAAGACAGGCCCUUCAGAUGCCUUGAGUGUGGUAGAACCUUUCUUCACCAGUUGGCCUUUGUUAGACAUCAGAGGCUUCAUUCAAGCAAGGAGGCCUGUGAAGACAGCUGUGUAUAUGUUACAGUCCUUCCUUCGUACCACGUGGAUGCAGAAAUGAGUAUUGGGGAUGGAGUUCAACCCCCUGAGACUCUUAGCUUUAAUUUGAAACAAAAAGACCCCCGUUCUCUCUGGACUCUGGAGCUGGCUGAAGGAACACAAGUCUAUCUGGCUCCCACAUAGCUGGUGACCAAGCAGUGGGUGCAAAGCAGUAUGGAGACCUUUAUAAGGAGCAUACCAAGUUUGCAGAAUUAGCUGGAAUUCUGUUGGAGAGACUGCAAGAAAUUAUGCUUCAAGAUCCAAACCUGGAGUAUGAGAUGCAAGGAAGAUGGCGGAGGCCACUGAAAUUUCCAGUGAAAGAUCUUGCUGAAGAAGAGGAUUACAGCUUUGGUACUUCCCAGUGAAUUCAUCACAUGCCAGUUUUGAAGCCACGCAGUCAAGGAACGACAAACACAUUCCGCAUUUUUCCAAAGGUCUUAAGCAAUGCUCACUUUGUUAUACAUCAGAGCCACUGACUUCUGAAGAAACCUAGCCAAAGCAUAGAAUCUGGGGAAAUCAUUAUGGCGUUAAAACCUCUGAACAGUCACCAGAGUGAUGAACUUCUCUGUUCUUCCGGGGUGGGGGGUGGGAAUGGCUCAGAAGAAAGUCUGUUCUGGUCUUGAUAUUGUAUUUACUUUUUUUCCUGUUGCUAUCCAGUGUGCAAGCCUUACUCUAAAUGAGAUAAUCUACAUGGGAAAAAACCAUAGAAGGGAAAGUGUUUAUGAAUGCUCUGAGUGAAGCACAAUACUCUUCUUUGCCAACUUCAAAUAGGCUGUCUGGGAGAGCAAUUAUGGAAAUGGUGUACAAAAUUGAACUCUAGAAACAGCUUCUGUCUUAAAGUUGGAGUUCUUGGGUUUGUGCAGUGGCUACCUCUGAAUGACUUUGAGACAACCAAGGAUUAACUGGGACAAAUCACCUCUUAUUGCCUGUGGAAAGUCAACCGUAAGAAAUUGCUGUUGACUUUGGAAUGGGGUAGGGUGGAGUGGAGUGCUGAAAGAGUUGUCAUCAAGAACUCUUCAUUAGAAAUGCUGAGUUCUGCAGUUGGAAUCAGAGUCAAAGGUUUACCUUCAUUGUGCUUGCAAUCCUAAACAGAGCUACAUCUUUCUAAGUCCAUUGAAAUGGGUGGAUUUAGGAGGAUGAAACUGUUUAGGAUUAUACUGUUGACGUGCCAAACAACUUUAAGGUGGGCAUCUCCCCUUAUGAACAGAAAUGUUCUUAGGAACAUAAUGUAAAAAAAUCCAAUAAGUAUUGAUUUAGCCCAGCAUUCUUUUCCCACAGUGGCUAGUUGAAUGGUUUGGGGGAAAGUUCCCGAGCACGCACAAUGGUGACAGGCUUCUUCUAUUGCUUAUCCCUCAGAUAUUGGUUCUUAAAGGUAUAAAUAUCUUAGGAUAUGUAUGAAAUUCCAUUUGGCUGUUAUAGCUAGUAUCCAUUGAUAGAGGCAUCCUCCAUGAAUUUUGUCUAAUCCCUAUUAGAGCGUUCUAGGCAAUCACUGCUUAAAGCAUGCAGAAAGUAGGUACUCGCCCAUCCUGCAAUAAAUUGAAAGGCUUGAACAUGUUCUUUGAGUUAGCAUUGACAAAUUUUAACAAGUGGUUCUCUGAAAAUACAUUUUCGAGACAAUAGUUCCUCUUGAGAUGCUGUCAGAUUGCUGGGGCAAAGUGCAAGCUACUGAAUUGGACAAAUUCUUCAUUUUAGAUUUGAGCAAAGAAAAUAACCCAAUUGUGGUCUGUCGAAGUUGUUUGCCACAUUAGAGCAGCCUUUGGCUGCAUUGUUGAACCACAGAGUGUGUGGGAUUUAGAGGCUGCAUGGUUUGGCUGCUGUGUAAUGACUGGAGAAGGAUCAAGCUUUAUUGGCGGAGCACUCGGGUUUCCUGAAGAAGGUCUCAGGCUUAAACCUUGGUAUUUUCAGUGAAAGGAGGAUCAGAAGAAGGGAAAGGCUUUCAUCUGAGAUGCCAGAGAAGGAAAAGAUGGGCAUGGAACUAGGUUCAUGAUGGGUUAUCUCCUUUUGUGUUUUUAUGAAACUUUGUAAUGAGCGAGCCUUUUGUAUUUUCCCUUCCCUUUUUCUGUUUUCCUGUUAACAUGCAUAAUUUUUUUAAAGUAUCUCUUAAAAGC